UUAUCGUAUAAGAAAGCGCAAACGCGACAUUGUUUCGGUCAGUGUACAUUUUGGUUUUUUUUCUGUCAGCUGCUGCAACUCUCCCAACCAGAAUGGAAAGGUUUUCGAAGGAAAUUACCUUAGAAAAAAGAAAUAAACACAUUGGAGAUGCGUGUACACUGUUUUUCAAACAUGAUCCGUUGAAGAUCACGAAGGCUUCCAAACAGUAUAUGUAUGAUGAGAAAGAUAAUGUGUAUUUGGACUGUAUAAAUAAUGUCUGUCAUGUUGGCCAUUGCCAUCCACAUGUGGUAGAAGCUGGAUAUGAACAAAUGAAGACAUUGAAUACCAACUCCAGAUUUCUUCAUGAUAAUAUGGUAAUGCUAGCAGAAAGACUUAUUUCCACACUGCCAGAAGGUUUAAAUACUGUGUAUUUUACAAACUCAGGAUCAGAAGCCACAGACCUUGCCAUAAGACUUGCCAAUCAUCACACACAUGGUACAGAACAGAUAACACUAGACCAUGCAUACCAUGGACAUGUGAUUUCAGCAUUAGAUUUAUCACCAUACAAACUAGGAACAUGUACAGAUGGUAUUCAUACACACUCAGACAAUGUCCACAUAGUUCCCUGCCCAGAUACCUACAGAGGGAAGUUUAGAGACUGUGAUUACCCUGAAGAUAAUAUGGCACACUUGUAUGCUAAUGAGGUCAAAACUGUGAUUGAUAAACUCAAGAAAGAAAAGAAACAGGUUUCAUUGUUCAUAGCAGAAUCAAUGCAGAGCUGUGCAGGCCAGGUGAUAUUUCCAGAAGGAUAUCUACAGAAAGUGUACAAGCAUGUCCAUGAUGCUGGAGGAAUAUGUAUAGCUGAUGAGGUCCAGGUGGGCUUUGGAAGGGCUGGCUCACAUUUCUGGACAUUCCAAACACAAGGUGUAAUACCCGACAUAGUAACUAUUGGUAAACCUAUGGGAAAUGGACAUCCUGUUGCCGCUGUAAUCACAACAAAAGAUAUAUCAAUGAGUUUUAAAAAUUCUGGCAUGGAAUAUUUUAAUACUUAUGGAGGUAAUCCAGUAUCCUGUGCUAUAGCUUUAGCUGUGAUGGAUGUUAUAGAAGAAGAGAAGCUACAAGAGAAUGCCUUGGUCACAGGGAAAUACUGGGUGUCACAGCUCAAUGAAAUAAAGAAACAGUUCCCUAUAAUUGGAGAUGUUAGGGGACUAGGAAUGUUUAUAGGUAUAGACCUUGUCAAGGACAGAGAAACCAGAGAACCAGCCUCUGCUGAAGCUAAGAAUGUCAUUGCAAGGAUGAAGGAAAAUUUCAUUAUUCUAAGUACAGAUGGUCCGUAUUGUAACAUUAUAAAGAUGAAACCGCCAAUGUGCUUUACGAAGGAAAAUGUAGAUCAUGUCUGUCAGAAACUUGUCAUGGUUCUUAAAGAAAUUGAAGGCAAAAAUAUAAAUAGUAAUGCAAAUGUGAAUAAAUCUGUGAUCAGUGGUAAAAAGGAGACACUUUCUGAUAGUGAUGAUAGUGGUGUAUCUGUGAACGGACAUCAUGGUUUUGUCAAUGGACAGGAAUAUGUGGCUGUCCAUACUGGAGACAAUGAUUCUGUCCCUGUUGUUUCAUAAUUAGAUUAAUGCCAAAAUAAUUUAACUUUUUUGUUCCUGGAAAUCAUUUAACUAUGUAGUUCCUGGAAUAUGAUGCAUUGUUUUGUCAUUUCUACAAGCAUUUUGUUACUUUUUUUUUAACCUGUAUAUGUUAUGAUCUAUUUUAACUAUGUUUUUUAUUAUUUCUGGUUAUAAAAGAUAAGUUUACUUUUCAUAAUCAGGUGAUCUAUAUUAGCUCAUUACUGCCUAUUAAAUGUAUUACAGAGAUAAUUUAUAUUUAUAAUCUUAGGGCAACUUGUCAUACUGACCAUGCAAAUUUUUGUUGAUGAUACAUGUAAUUAUACUAGUCUGUUUUUAUUCAAGUCGUAACUAGUCUGUUUUUAUUUUUAAGUUGUAGGAAGUUAAGUCCCCUAGCUGUACAAUAGUGCAUCAUUUAUAAGAAAUCAUAUGUUAUCGAUAGUAUAUUUCAUUAAAUUCCUGACCUUUCAAGUUCAGGUGCAUCAUCUCAGGUAUAGACAAAACCUUAUCAUCAAUCACUCCAUUAUAUAUAUGUAAAGUCAAGUAUUGACAGAACUAUAAUGCAUUUAGACAUUUUUAUAUAUAUUCAAAAUUUCAAAAGAAAUAAUUUUUGCUUUUUAUUUUGUACAAUUAUUUCAUUAUGUAAUUUCACUGAAGUUUUAUUUCAUUUUCUGAAGAAAAAAAUAUAUUGAAAACAUUUACACUUUUUUAUGUUGGGAUGGGGGUAUUUUUUGUUAGCUUUUCUCACAUAAUCUUUAGUUUUUCAUCAAUUCGUCCCAUGAUCAUUUAGGUACAGUAUUAGGGUUAUACAUGAAAAUUUAUUAGUCUUAUACAUGUAGCAUAAUAUCUUUAGUUAUUCAUUAAUUCUUCCAAAGAUCUUCUAGGAACAGUAUUAGGGUUAUACAUGUAUUUCAUGGAUCAGCACACUCCAAAGAUCUUCUAGGAACAGUAUUAGGGUUAUACAUGUAUUUCAUGGAUCAGCACACUCCAAAGAUCUUCUAGAAACAGUAUUAGGGUUAUACAUGUAUUUCAUGGAUCAGCACACUCCAAAGAUCUUCUAGGAACAGUAUUAGGGUUAUACAUGUAUUUCAUGGAUCAGCACACUCCAAAGAUCUUGUAGGAACAGUAUUAGGGUUAUACAUGUAUUUCAUGGAUCAACACAGUACCUUAAGUUAUUAAUUAAUUCUUCCAAUGAUCUUGUAGGAACAGUAUUAGGAUGAUUUAUGGAAUAGUAAAAUGUAAAAAAUGUUAUCUUUGAAUGAAAUGAUUGUUUUCAUUAUAUAAGAGAAUAUAGUAUUCUGAUUUGUGGUGAAUGUCAUAUAAAGAAUUGUGAUAGUUUUAUAUUUAGCAUUUUUUUAUGUGUCUGUCAUAGUCAAUUUUUACUUUGGUUUAUCUAUUUAUUUGUUUUGUCAAUAACUUGAUAACCAAGAAGUUAAAACUCUUGAAAUUUUCUUUAUUAUUACAAUUAACUUUAAACAGAGACUGAACUGAUGACAGAACCCCCCUUUUUAUUGGCCCAUCAAUGCAUUUGAAUGGGGACUAAAGCUGUACCCCCCCCCUCUUUCUGGGUUGUGACCCCCCUUUUUAAAAUGGCUGGAUCCGCCCCUGAGAUACUAGUGUCUCUUAGCCAUUUUAUUGGAAAUAUUCUGUUGAUAUAUUGAUUGCAUUUCAUUUUGACUAAAGCAAUCCCCAAUCAAUCAUUUUUUCUAAAUUCUUUAAUGCUGUAUUAUGCAUGUUCCAGUAUUUUUAUAUUGACUAUGACAUGUUAUUUAUGUCCUAUGGACAGAAGACUAAGUGGUUGUUAAUAUUUGUUGUUUUUUAUCAUUUAUAAUAUUUGAAUAAUUUGAAAACUAAAAUUCAGGCAAAGCUUUGCUUAUUCAAAUAAAAUAUUUUUUCAACAUUUAUUGGAAUUGAAAGAUCUUUUAAAACACAAGAAAAAAAUUUCUAGAAAUAAGAUGUAAGAAUAUUGAAAUGUAGCAGGUUUGUUUCAUUUAUCAUCCAUGUUUGUUUAUAUUUAUUUUAAAAAUUGUAAAGUUUUUGUUUAGUGCAUAACAGGUUUGUUUGAAAUAAAUUAAAUUUUGACAUAUUGUAUCUUUAUAUCAUAAAAUUUCAUUAUUUUUUUAAUAAUAAUUUAAAUCGAGAAUUUUCGCCUCUGUUGACCCAAAUUUUAGAGAGAAAAAAAUGAAUAGAAUACAUUUUGAGUAGCUUAUAUUACACAACAUGUGAAUCUGAGAAUCUGCAUUUAAAUUGUUUGAAAUUGUCUUAUCUUAAUUUUACUUGUCGCAAUAGGUAUUUAAUAUGGUUUAACAAAUUCGUUUAUGCAAGUAAAUGAUGUGUUAUAUUCUUCUAGGAACUAUAACCUGCUAUUAUUGUGAUAAAAUGCCUAUUAAUAAAUGGAUUUUUUU